UCGAUAACGGUCACUAUCGGUAUCGGUUGUUACCUAAGCGAUAUGUCGAAACAAGUGCUUGCCAAAAUACGACCGUCCUCCAGCCUGAUACUGCUAGCUAAGGAUGCAGGAGCGGGAGUUACAAAGCGUUCCUACGACUACAAUGCACUGCUGCUCACGAGAGCCUCAAAGUCCAGCUUCAUGCCGGACUCGUCAGUAUUUCCAGGCGGAGUGUGCGACGCCAGCGACAGCUCACCUGCGUGGCUCUCGCACUUUCAGCGCCACAAAAUUAGUUCAGCCAUGCUGAACGACGUCUGUCACGUGAAGGGUCCACGUCCCGAGAUAUUCAAUUCACGGCCGGAUACCGCUGACGCGAUAGACACCUCUUUGUCGCUGCGUCUGACUGCCAUACGCGAAACCUUUGAGGAGUUGGGCAUCUUAUUGUGCAGGGAUGCCAAGACAUUGACCUCGACCAGCGGCUACGGGCAGUUCCACGAGCAGUUCGAUCGCGCCCACUGGCAGCAUGUGGUGCACAAUGAUGCGAGUCAGUUCCUGGAGCUCUGCAAGCUGCUGGAUGUGCUACCAGACGUUUGGUCACUGCACGAUUGGUCUGCCUGGCGCACACCUUCCACGUUUAAGAAGCGAUUUGUGACGGCUUUCUUUCUGACCUGCCUCGAACAGUCGCCCAGCCUGCACAUUGAGCCCAAUGAAGUCAAGGACUGUGCGUGGCGCUCCCCUUUGGACUAUCUUCAGGCUUGUCUGCGCAAAGAGCUCUGGCUGCCGCCACCUCAGUUCUAUGAACUUUCGCGCUGCCUCAACUUUGGCACCCUCGAGGAGCUGCGUCAGUUUGCCCUGCAGCGUGCGUCCAAAGGCAUCGUGCUCACCCAUCCUGUCAUGUACAAAUGCAAUGAUGGUGUGGUGCAUCUGCUGCCCGGCGACGAUGCCUAUCCCGCUAAUCCAGAUGAGACGAGCGACAAAAUAGAGACUGGCCUCACUGUGGAGGAGUUUCGUGGACAACCGAAAUCUAAGCUGCAUCGUUCGGAGCACAGGAAUCAGCAUGAAUCGCAAUUAAUUAUUAACUUUGCGCCGACUGAUGGGCAGGUCAACCCCUUGGAUCCAGCUCAGAUGUAGAACGAAGGGAAUCAUUAAUUGCGUUUGCAUUUAUUUAUGUUUAAUCUGAGUUGUUCUGUUGUUAAAUUUAAGCCAGAAAGUUGA